AAGUUCCAUGUCCGGUAACCGACGUAUCCAACGACGUUGAAGAAUGUUGUGACGGAAGUGCAAUGGCCCAAAGUGAAGUUACAGCUAGCUUUGAUGAUCCUAAAGACGUUCAAAAAGAAGAUUUAGAAGAUGAAGAAGGCGAGUAUCGUAUGAUGAUAGCUGGUUUGAGAGGAGUUGGAAAAAGUUCUCUUGCAAACUCAAUUUCAGGCAAACAUGUACAAGUUUCAAAAAGUGCUUUUGAAACAGUUACAAAAAAGGCAGCUAAAAUAACAUGCAAAAGGCAAGAAAAAUCAUUCGUUUAUUUCGACACACCAGGAUUGUCAAAGGAUAUGGAAAAGGAAACGCUGCAAAAGGAGUACAAGAAAUGUUUAAUCAACGCCGCCCCAGGUCUUCAGGCAAUACUCAUCGUUCAGAAAGCCACGGUCUUUACCGAAGACAACCAGACUUUUCUUGAUCAUUUUACAAGGAUGUUUGGAGAAAAAUGUUGGAAGUGGGUUGUAUUCGUUUUCACACACAUUGAUGAAUUACUAGAAGAAAAAAGGGAUUUAGAAGAACAGCUAAAAGAUGCCGAUAAACGUCUUAAAUGCUGGCUAUCAAAAUGUGAAAAUCGGUACGUAGGGAUAGAUAAUAAUCUUAAAGGCACUGAAAAUAAUAAACAGAUAGAAAGACUCAUCUCCGUUGUAAACAAUCUCAUUGAAACAAAUGGUGGAGAGAUAUACACCAACGAGGAAUUUCAGGAAGUCUACCAAAUGUUGCAGAAAGAUGCUCGGGAUAAAAACUUGACUCGUUGCGAAACACGCGAAGGAUUUUUCAGGAAAGCAUUUGCUGGUAUGCCAAAUAUCGAAUGAUCUUCUUAAAAUAUGGUUAAAAUAGAUUAUGAUAAAUGCAAAUCAAUGACAACUAUCUAGACCGUACAUCCUCUCUGCAUUACACUGUAAUGUUAGACAACGAAUACUAGUAUGUACGAGGGUCGUCCAAAAAGUUUGUGGACACAUGUAAUUUUAUUUAAAAUAACGGCACCAUUAUCAGGAAAGGGUUAUGAUAAUUUAAUAUAGAGUACAAUUAUGUAUAUGUAUGAAAAUCAGAGCCAUGAACAGUUUUGUAUUGGAGUUAUUGUUAUAUAUACAUUGUAUGUACAGAUCGCACGGCCCAGUCUGACGUUGAGUUAUAACGACGUUCCUAUAACGUCGUUAUAACUGAAUUCGUAAUAUCUGUGUUGAGCUGAGUAAAUUACGGCGAUCUGUUUUCAAAUCCUUUCUUGAAUUCUGGUUUGUUUCUUCAUAUAACAAAACAAAUAUACAGAAAAGGUACAAGAAAUUUAGUACACCAUCAUGGUAUCGUGGGAAACGCAUUGCUAUUUUUCAAAUAUCCUCUUAUUUACCUGCAGCAGAUUGUAUGUUAAUAUGGUGUUUUUGUUUAUAUACAACAUGCAUUCUUUGAUUUGUAAUUCGUAUUGCAAAUAAAAAUUCCAAAUUGUA